ACUUGAAAUCUACAUCAAACUUCAAAUGGAAAGGUACCUUAACAUGCGUGUCAUGUUAUGCGUCAUCCUUGGUAUGGAAGCGUGAGACCCAGGUGGUCAGUGGCGAAUGACAGCGAAUGAUAGGAUCCAAAGAGGGCAGAUUUCCUGGGAACACUUGGCAAAUACAAUGUGAGAUGGGGAAGGGACAAGGAAAAGACACGCCAUUCGCGGCCAUUUAGAGAUAAAGAGUUAAAUAUGUGCUCGCGAAUCACAGCAAGAUGCGAUAGGCGGACGCGAUAGACGAACACAGAAAAGUAGACAAUUACAGAGUGUUAAAAAAAGGUCAGAAAUAGACGAGGAAAGACCGAAAAGGCGGAAACGCGGACACCUGUUGACGCUGAUCGAGUCAGGCAAUCAUAAUGACCCAUCUACUCAAAAAUCUUACUAAUAGUAUCUGGCAUGCGUUUAACGCACUACAGACCGAUGCCACUAAUACGGUUGCCAAAUCCAAAUUAAAGGUGUUGACAGCUAACAUUGGUACAUUGAUGGAUUUGUACGGUGUGGAAAAAGGCUUAGAGCAUUACCGGAGUACACAGAAUUUAACAUUUGAUCAGUACAUCUAUUAUAUACAGAAAGAAGUGUUCUCCUCUAUAACCGAUGCUACACCUAUACAAACGUUGAAGACUCUGGAAGAAGGCAUAGAUGAAAUUUGCUGGCUGGUUUGUAAAAAGAUAUAUUUGGAAAGAUCUCAUCCAGUCUUUAACAAUCAUAGUGUUUACCAAUUGUUCAGAAUUUACUGUCUGUUGGCUGAAACAGAAUCAGACGCGACGCAUUCUUAUCCGGUGAUGCAUGGCGAUGAGGUGGCGCAAAUUGCUGCUCAUUUAGUAAUGUCCUUAGGUUUGCAAUGGGAUGCGACAGAUUUUUCGGCUCUAUCAGCGGCUAUCGGUGUAUUUAGGUUUUCCACGUUUUUGGCGGUUUUGGAAUCUAAAUAUAGUGGUGAUAGUACUUCGGACAGUAUGGCAUUGACGGAGGCAAUCGACGAUCUUUACCAGAUUUACAUAGAGAAUGUAGUGAAAAAGGGGUAUUUGAUGAAAAAAGGUUUCUUGUUACCAACAUUGCGGUAUUUUUGGUUCGUGUUGCGCCCUGGUGAAUUGAUGUAUUAUAAAGAUCCUCAACAAAAAGAGCCGUCUGGAUUAAUCCUACUGAAUGCUAAUUGUUGGGCCGAUGCUUUGCGGACCAACGGAAAACCCGAUAGAAGAUUCGUGCUUAGCACCCCUGAACACAGAUGCAUAGAGCUAAUGGCUGAGGAUUACAAAGGUAGACUGCAAUGGCUUGCAGCAUUGCAAACGGCCAUUCGGCAUUCAAACGAGAAAAUCAGCUAUCAGAGAAAUUUGGCCAACCAAAGAAGAUCUUUGCGACAAGCUACCAAACAGGAAAAGGAAGAGACCAAGCUGGAACUUCAGCACGAGAGGCAAGCUAGAAUCGCCGCCGAGAUACAAGCUCGGAAAUUAGAAACUCUGUCGAAGGAGGAAGGUGCCAAAGUUCAACAACUGGAAGAUGUUAAACAGAAACUAGAAAUGCUACUGCAAGAAGAAAAACAGGCUCUACGUGAUGAGGAAAUAGUACGAAGUUUACAAGCGAGAGUAUUGCGUGAAGAAUGGGAAAAAAGAGAGCAAUUGGAAAGAUUGCAGCAGGAGCAGCAGGAAUUGCUGGAGAUGGAGAAGAUAAAAAGAAUGGAAUUUGAACAAAUGCAGAAGAAAAACGAACAGCAAUUGCAAGAAGCCGAACUACGACUCCAGCAGCUAGAAGCAGAAAGAGAACAUUUGGAUGCCGAGUUACGCGCUGCACGUGAAAAGGUGAAACGCGCCGAAGAGGCUCAACUUGUGUUGGAAGCACAAAUCGUGCGUCCCCUGAGAGGAGGUGAGAGGAUCCGACGUACUCAGAGCUUUAUACCGACAACGAAAGAGAGACCAUUAUCCGAGAAAAUCGACAGCAGGACAUUGCAAAAAAAUAUAUGACAUAUUUUUGGCAACGCUAUCGAUUACGGUUAAAAGAUCGAUGCAUUCAUCGCCUGAGUUGCAUUUAAGUCUUCCACCAAAUAGAGUAAGACAAAGAGCCUAUAGAACCUAUUAUACGUUGUGGGGCAACUAUAUUUUCGCAAAGAGAAUGCGAAAAAAUUCCAUACGAGCUUCGAAUUCGAUAGUUCCUUAUUUUUGAUGCCUUGCUUCAUUCGCAAUCUUAGCCAAAAAGUAUUUAGUAUUACAUGUACAAAUUUCGUAUACAAAUUUUCAUUCCUUAUUAUCUUGAAAACGAUGUGAUCUUUAUCUUGUAGAUGACAAAAUACAAUUUCAACCUGACUUAUAUAUAAAAAUAUAUAUAAAUAUAUACAUUUUUUUUUUAAGAAUAUUACCAUAGGAUAGGAAAAUAUUUAAUGCGUUUUAUAUGAAUAUUUUAUAAUUAAUCAUUUGGAAAGAUGUACGCAGAAUUAUAUACAAUGAGUUUAACAUAGAUGCAAAAGCAUAUUUAUUAUAUAAAAUUUUAUAUAACUAAACAAGAUUUUUGCAUGCGAGUAAAAAUUCCGUAAUAUUUUGCUCAAAUCGAAUCGAAUUUAAUUGAAUCAGAUGCAAUUUUUAUAUUUUUAAUGUUUCAUAUAUAUUGUAUACAUAUAUGACUUUAUACCAACUUAUACAAGUUGAAUUCUGUUAUUGAUCAAACAUAUGGUGCAUACGACUGGCUUUAACAGUUUUACCGUCGCUACCUUGCAUUCCUUAUAAGGACAUUUGUAUCUUGUUAAGAAUAAACGAUUUGAAUAUUAA